AAAAUACUUAGAAAUCAAGCAGGAACUGCGCUGUCGGCCGGAAUUAAUGGCUACCGCCAAACCACUGUUAUCUGACCUCGUCGCCGGCAAGAGCCAUGUUCCCUCUAACUACAUCCGACCCACGUAUGAUCGUCCAAAUCUUAACGAGGUUGAAUCAUUUGAUGGUGCCAUUCCUCUCAUCGAUCUUCAAGACCUGAAUGGCCCUAACCGCUCAUAUAUAAUCGAACAGAUAGGCCUUGCCUGCCGAAACUAUGGUUUCUUCCAGGCAAAAAACCAUGGAAUUUCAGAAGCAGCGAUCGACAACAUGUUACGUGUAUCAAGGGAGUUUUUCCAUUUGCCCGAAAGUGAGAGGUUACAAAGCUACUCCGAUGAUCCAAUGAAGACGACGAGACUUUCUACUAGUUUCAACGUGAGAACUGAACAGGUGUCCAGCUGGAGGGAUUACUUAAGACUCCAUUGCCACCCUCUUGAGAAGUACAUGCAGGAAUGGCCUACCAACCCUCCAUCAUUUAGAGAAGACGUUGGUGAGUAUUGUAGAAAUGCAAGAGGUCUAGCACUAAGGCUGCUUGAAGCAAUAUCCGAAAGCUUGGGACUAGAAAAGGAUUACAUAGAUAAGGCUCUGGGAAAGCAUGGGCAGCACAUGGCCAUCAACUACUAUCCGCCAUGUCCCCAGCCAGAGUUAACGUAUGGAUUACCAGGCCAUGCCGAUCCUAAUGUCAUCACCGUGCUCCUCCAAGAUGACGUGCCAGGAUUGCAGGUCCUCCAAAACGGCAAGUGGGUUGCUGUCAAUCCCAUUCCUUACACCUUUAUUGUCAACAUCGGUGAUCAAAUACAGGUACUGAGCAAUGAUCGUUACAAGAGCGUGCUCCAUCGGGCAGUGGUGAAUUGUGACAAGGAGAGGAUCUCAAUCCCAACGUUUUAUUGUCCAUCUCCUGAUGCAGUGGUAGGGCCAGCGCCACAGCUGAUCGACGCUGAUCACCCUGCCCUUUACAGCAACUUUGCAUAUUCAGAAUACUACCAAAAGUUCUGGAACCGGGGCCUCAUGGCUGAAACCUGCUUGGACAUGUUUAAAACCUCGCAGCCUUGACCGAUCAUGGCACGCUAUAUAUAUGUAUCUGGGUGCCUUUUAACAGUAAAAAUUAGUACUCAUCACUGUGCUUCUGUCUGUCAUAUUUCG